CCCUCGCUAAAAAAAAGAUGUCAGCCCCUGGCUGGAGUAUUCCUCCUUAAAAGCCCUCUCGGAGAAAAUGUCAUGUCCCAACAAUGUGACUCCCAACUCGUUUUUGAUGGACUCGUUGAGCCGCGGGGAGAAUUUCGCCUCGGGCCAGGGGAUGUUCGGGCAGCCCGGCGGCGAUUUCGGCUGCGGGGUGAUGCGGAACUGUGGCAUCCUCCCUUCUCUCCCCAAACGCGACGAGGUUUCCCUGGGAUCCUACCCGUCCUACCUGGCUCAGCUCGACACCUGGGCCGACCCCAAAAGCGCUUUUAGGAUCGAGCAACCUGUUGCGAGGCAGCUGCCGUCCUGCUCCUUCCCGGCCAGCGUCAAGGAGGAGAAUGUCUGCUGCAUGUUCACGGCGGAAAAAAGGGCCAAGAACGCCCCCGAAGGCGCCCUGUUCCCCUCCCCGCUGCCCGAAUCGUGCCUGGGCGAGCACGAGGUGCCCGUGCCCAGCUACUACCGAGCCGGCCAAGGUUACCCCUCCCUGGAGAAGGCGCAGAAUUGCGGCAAUUCCGCCGAUUUCGAGGCGACUUUUGAAGCCCGGGCGAGCCUGAGCGCCAGGAACGAGCAUCUGGAAGCGGCUCCGCCGCCUCCUCCGCCUCCUCCGCCCGUGGUGGAGCGAAUUUCGCCCAAAUUCCAAGGGAAUUUCCCCGAAAACGCCGCCGCGGAGCAGCCGCCGAGCGAAAUUAAAACGGAAAAAAGCGGCGCCGCUGGAAAAGGCGGCGCGGCCGAGGCGGAGAAGGAGCUGAAUAAAAGCACCGACACCACCAGCACCGAUAAUUCCGACAGCGAGGCGAAAGAGGACAUAAAGGCGGAGAACGCCACAGGAAAUUGGCUGACGGCAAAGAGCGGAAGAAAGAAGAGGUGUCCGUACACCAAGCACCAGACGCUGGAGCUGGAGAAGGAGUUUCUGUUCAAUAUGUACUUGACCCGAGAGCGCCGCCUGGAGAUCAGCAAGAGCAUCAACCUGACGGACAGGCAGGUCAAAAUCUGGUUCCAAAACCGCCGCAUGAAGCUCAAGAAGAUGAACAGGGAGAACCGGAUCCGCGAACUCACCUCCAAUUUUAAUUUCACCUGAGUCGCGUCCUCAGCGCCCGGAACCGCCCGCGAUUUGUGUUUUUUUUUGUUUUUGUUUUUUUUUUUUUUUUGGGGGGUGGGGGGGUGUUUAGUCUCUAUUUUAUUAUUAUUUUAUUAUUUUAUUGUUAUUUUAUUUUAAUCGCCCCUCGGGUAGAAAGGCGACGCGCCCACCGGAAAAGAAGAAAAAAAAACAAAAAACAAAAAAACCCACCCCGAUCCCAAAACGACUGAAA